UUUAAUUAGGUCAAGGUCGACUCCCAUGCGAGAAAAAUGGCAAUGCGAACUUCUCGACUUUUCUGUCGACAAAAAUCACAAAAGCUCCCUUUAAAUGUCGACAGACAAUAUUCUUAUGUAAGGUUAUCAUACCUCUUACACCAGGGCCUACCGGGAAAUAACAGUAUAUGCAGUAAAUCUCGACCUGACCUCAAAAAUCCUUCAUAUUUAUCGCUACCAAAUCUAGUUAUCCCACAGAGACAUUUCCAUGUGUCAUCAACAGCUUGUCAAAAGAAAAGAGAUUUCUAUGAAGUUCUAGGGGUAUCACGAAGUGCAAGUGAUAAAGAGAUAAAGAAAGCAUAUUAUACAUUAGCUAAGAAAUAUCACCCUGAUCAGAAUAAAGACCCAACAGCAGCUGAAAAAUUCAAGGAGGUCUCUGAAGCAUAUGAGAUUCUCAGUGAUAGUGGUAAGCGGAAGCAGUAUGAUACAUUUGGCCAGGCAGGUCAAAAUAUGGGCCAAGGUGCCGGGGGAUUUGGGGCCCAAGGCUUUCCAGGUGGCUUUGGAGGUCAAGGAUUCGGAGGGUUUCAGAGCAGUAUAGACCCAGAGGAAUUAUUUAGGAAAAUAUUUGGAGAUGCUGGGUUCAGAAUGUCUGGCUUUGGAAAUAUGGAUGAUUUUGAAGAAUCCAAAUAUGGCUUUGCAGCCGCUUCAGAGUACCAGAUGAACCUAACAUUUGAGCAAGCAGCUAGAGGGGUUAAUAAGGACAUUUCCAUAAAUGUAAAAGACACAUGUCCCAAAUGCUUGGGCAAGAAAGCUGAACCUGGCACGGGCACCAGUAGAUGUCACCACUGUAAUGGUACAGGCAUGGAAACCAUCAGUAAUGGACCAUUUGUUAUGAGAUCAACAUGUCGACACUGUCACGGCACAAGAGUAUUGAUCAAGCACCCUUGUACUGAGUGUGGUGGCAAAGGAAAGCUUAUAUUGCGCAAAACAGUUACUGUCCCAGUGCCAUCUGGUGUCGAAGAUGGACAAACUGUACGCAUGAACGUCGGCAGUGGAGAAAUUUUCAUCACAUUUAAGGUGGCAAGAAGCAGGACAUUUAGAAGGGAUGGCGCUGAUGUACAUUCUGAUGCCGUAAUAUCCCUGACACAGGCAGUAUUGGGGGGUACUACAAGAAUACCUGGUAUAUAUGGAGAUAUCCUGCUAAAUAUACCAGCAGGAACAGAUUCCCAUACUCGGCUACAGUUGAAAGGAAAGGGAAUAAGUCGAGUGAAUAGCUAUGGUUAUGGAGAUCAUUAUGUACAUGUUAGAAUAAAUGUACCAGUAAAACUUUCGGACAAGCAGAAGGCCUUGUUGUUGGCCUAUGCUGAAAUUGAGAAAGGAGUUGAGGGAACAGUGAAUGGAAUAGCACAAACAAAAGAUGGUGGGGAAGCAAAGACAAAUACACAGACAAUGAAUUUAGGCAAAUUAACAAUGACAGAUAUAGAUGGCAUGGUGGCAGAGAUUCGCAUGGUGCUCAAUGGAGACUUGCAACAACAAAUUGAAACAAAUGUGAACAGUGAUCCAGAAAACAAGAACAACAAGGAGGAUAACUCCACCAUCAAUGAUACAAAAGGUGAACAUAAUGAUAAGGAUGAAAAUCCAAAGGAUGAAGCGGCCAAAAUAUCUGACUCGGAGGAUAAGGUGGAGUCGGAAAAUGUAUCAGUUAAAUCCAAUGAAUCGGGAGAAAAGUCUGCUAAACUUGAAGGACCAGAUGUGGAAACUGAUGAUAAUGAAACAAUUAAAGGACAGGUUAAAGUUUAGAUUCCAAAAUGACUGGUCCCCUGUCUUUCUAAAUCAUAUUGCCAUGAUAAUUUCAUGAUACAGUUAAGUUAUCUUGAAAACGCUGAGCUCUGUGUUGUAUCUCAUAUAAUAUUAAUUGCCAUCCAUUAUUUCUUAAAUAUCAAGCCAAAUUACAUUUUUAAUAAACAUUGCACAGUUGCUCAUACAAAUUGAAAAAUACAUGACAAAGCUCAUGUAAAUUGUCCCACAUUUUAUACUUGUAUUUCCUGAUGAGUAUUUUUUAUUGCCCAGCUAUUAUUUCUAGUUUGUGAGUCUGGUAAGUCUGCUCAUUGCAUUGGGCUUCUUAUAUAUUAUGCUCAUACUACUACUAGUAGAUAUCAAGGGUAAUAUCUUACAAUGGAUACUUGGAAAAAAGGGUUCACUUUGAGGUGAGUUGUGAAAUCAAUGUUUACACAAAUCUCUC